GCACGCAAAUCGCUGGACCUCGGCACUGAGAAACACGGCCCCACCUGACCAGGCCCGGGGCUUCCGUUCUGGGGACUAACACCUAGACGACCAGGGGUGGGGAUCUCGCCUGUGAGCCAAACUCGAUAUCACUCAGGAUUGUUGAUCCUCUUGACAAUUGCACUCUGAAUUGUCCGGCCAUAAGCAAAUCUUUUUUUUCUUUCUCUUCCUUUACCAACUCACCACCCUCAGGCACAAGCAUACGUCAACGACACACAGCACACAUAGCAAACACCAUGGCGCGCAUCCCGUAUCCCCCGCUGCCCCCGGCCCCGAAGAAGGACGGGACCACGACGACGCCGCGGCCGCCACCGCCCAACGUGUCGCGCGUGCUGGCGCACAGCACGGGGACCGCGACCCACUGGGGCGCCGUGGCCAACGCGCACUUCACGGCGCUGCAGCUGGACGCCAAGCUGCGCGAACUCGCGAUCCUGCUGACGACGGCGAAGCUGGGGUCCACGUACGAGCACACGCACCACUCGCUGAUCUCGGCGAAAUUUGGGGUCAGCGACGCGCAGCGGGCGUGGAUCGGGGACAAGGCCAGGCUGGCGGAGGGAGGGGUGCUCAAUUCCGUGCAGCAAGGAGGAAAGGAGCAAGAGGGCUUGUUCACGGACAAGGAGAAGGUGCUGCUGGUGCUGGUUGAGAAUGUGGUGGAGAGGAAGGAUGUCGGGGAGGAGCUGUGGAAGUCGGCGAGCGGGUUCUUUGGCGAGAGGGAGCUGGUGGAGAUUGUGUCGCUUGUGGGCUUUUACUUUACAUUCUCGAGGAUCACGACGGUGUUUGAGGUUGAGCUUGAAGGAUCGAGCGGCUCGAAACUCUAAUGGCGCAGCUUGCAUGAGCGGGCCGGUCCAAGAUCAACUUUGGGCUGCUGCAUUUCGACAAAUGAAGACUCUGGUUGUCCAAGUUAGGUAGAUUGCUGUUCCGAAAUUUGGAUAUCACUCUC